AGCACAAAUCAUCAGAAAUCAUAUAUAUAGAUAGAAAUAUAUAUUCAUAUCUCGUGUUCAGUCGUAGAUCUGCUGAUAGAGGAGAGGAGGAGGAUGAGUGAACGCGUCGCCUUCAUCACGCGCGUCUGCAGCUUCAGCGCCUGCCACAGACUACACAGUAAAUGUUUGAGUGAUGAGGAGAAUAAGAGAACGUUUGGGAAAUGCAACAAUCCUAAUGGUCAUGGCCAUAACUAUACAGGCUAGGAGGCCGUCAUGAAGCCUCUUGACCAUAAAAACCUGGACCUGGAUGUGCCGUAUUUUGCAGAUGUUGUCAGCACCACAGAGAACCUGUCAGUGUUCAUCUGGGACGGCCUGCAGAAGCUGCUGCCUCACGACAGCCUGUACGAGAUCAAAGUCUACGAGACGGCCAAAAACAUCGUGAUCUACAGAGGAGAAUAGACUCAAUUUUGUGUGUGUGUGUGUGUGUGUGUUUGCAGAAAGUGUAUUAAAGUGAGAGCGGCACCUGCUGCGCCGACACCUGCACAACAACAGCAGAUUAAUGCAGGACAAGAAGCUCACACUGAUCCUAUUACACACACCUCUAUACACACACACACACACACACACACACUGAUGAACAGACACACACAGUCAUGCAUACAACAAUUACACUGAUGAACACAUCACACACACACACACACAUACACAUAUAAAUAUAUGCACACAAUACACACUAAUAAACAUCAAACACACAUACACACUGAUACACACUGAUACACACACACACACUCUCUCUCAGACUGAUGAACAAACUGUCACAAAAACAAAUUACAAACAUUGAUGAACACAUCACACACGCGCACACACUGAUGAACACACAUCACACACAUGCAUAUAAACACACAAACUGAUAAACACACUGUCUCACAUACAGGAUACACACACACUGAUGAACACACA